CUAAACCAAAACAGCCUGCGUCUUUGCACGUCAGGGAGUGAAUGGGAGUCAAAGUUUUGAUUUUAAGAUGUAAUAGGGUUCAUUUUAUGUAGUUACACGGAAUAAGAUGUCACUCAGCGCGACAUGUGAGUCGGUCCCCCAGAAAAGAACCCUGUCGAGCCUCCUCGGUGAGUUGACAGCAGAGGAACCUUUGUUUAUGUGAACAGUUUCAGAUCAAAACUGACUGUAAAGUAGAAAAUAUCAUGUUAGUUUCCUCCUUAUUGACCACAAUACGGGUAACAGUAAUAAUGGGAAUGCUGGUGUGGGCUGUAUGAACCCUGACGGACUUAUAACAUUAGGGGAGAGUGGGGUAAGAUGAGCCAUUUUUCCUAUUUCAGAUCACUACAUCAAGGCAAUCAUAGUUUUGUCUCUAACUAAUGUAUCUGCAUAUUUUUUAAGAUGUUGUGCAUCCCUGCAAACCAACAGAAUGAGUGUAAACAUAACUGUCUUGAUAAUAUAGCAUAGCAUUGAUUUGUUUGAUGGACUAUUUAUCUAAUUUUGAUGCCAUCAAGAAAGGGUAACAACACUGAAUUGUAUUGUUGCACACUAAAAGGAAAGCUGUAUGUCCAAAUUUAUAGUUUAGCAAAGUAUUAGAACUUAAAACAGGAAAACUACUGCUGCAACACAGCUCUUAUAGUGAAAUCAAAUAGUCAAACAGCCAAUUAAUAGUUGAGAACUUUGGAGUGGCAUCAGGAGUGACCAGUCAGAUUUCAAUGAAAGUAAUUGUCAGCCCUCUUGAUGCGCCUUUUGGUGUUCUGUGUUUCCUUGUUGUUGUAUUUCCAGCUGGUCGUGUGCCGAAGAGGCCAAAGCAGGAGGAUGGUCAGCAGCUGCAGGAGGCAGCAAUCCAGCUGUUAGAGCAGCAGCAGAGCCUCAGCUGUCUUCUCAAGGAGGUUGGGGUGAGUAAGGCCACUUCAGGAUGAGGAAGAAAUGACCGAACUUCAUGAGAGUGCAGGGUGGUCCUCCUUUGGUUUUUCAGGACUGAUACUGAUGCUGAUUGUUCGAGUUUAAUGAGACAAGUAGCUUUACUGACUGACAGCUGCACUGACAGUAUAAACAAACUGUAAAAUAUAGAAUUUAGAAUAAGAGAGAGAGAGAUAUUAGUAAUUCGAUCAAAUAUACAUGCAGUACAAAUUUAAAGAAGAAAUUCACAUAUUUUUGGAGAUCGAAAAGGAGUAGGUAGAAGCUAUUUAGCUUAUUUGUACCUACCCUAAUAAGAUAAAUUCAACACAAAACCCAGGUUAUAUAGUUCAAGUAACUUUUUAAAUUUAAACUUAAUCGUUCAAAAUCAUAAAGUUCUUCUUCUUCUUCUUCUUCUUCUUCUUCUUCUUCUUCUUCUUCUUCUUCUUCUUCAUGUAAAGGAGAUAACAGUUGACAAGUUAUACCCACAAUAUAGUUACAUCACACUUUUGUGUGUUUUCUAGCCCCUUGUGGGGUAAUGUGGUGCAAGAAAACAGACCUAGAGGUUGAGAGACGCAGCAGCAGUGGAGCCAAAGUAGAACACUUUUUCUUUAUUGUUUUUGGCCCUGUUGUUUAAAGGUAAAUGUCGAUAAUCAGCCAAAGCUGGACAUUUGCCCCAAUAAUUGACCAAGCUGCAUAAUUGGUGUCCCCCUAAUAAUAAUCAUUUGAUACUCUUUACAAAUCUGAGCGUUGACAAGGUGGCUUUUAAUAGUUAACAUCGCCUUCAGAACAAACAACUGCCUGACUUCAAAAUUGUUUACAUGCGACCAUAAAUGGUUUGGACUGUUUAAUGUUACAGUAGGAUGUAUGAAUGCAUGCAGCUUCUAUGAUUCACAGUACUGCCUUUGGUUGAAUAUUUCAUGCACAAGAAACUGAAGAAUGCUCCAAAAGGUUUGCAAAAGCUGCAUGAUGUUCAGAUUUCUCCUAGAAUUACUGGAAACUAUCCAGAAAUGGGAACUGAUAGAUUGUGAUGUAUUUGAAUUCAGUGGUUCGUGAUUGUUACCGUUGUGUUUUAAAUGAAUCUUCUCUUUAUUUCCAGUCACAGGCUGGAAUACAGAAACAAGAAAAGUCCAAAGACGUCUUGGCUUCUUUCGCAGGUUCACUGCUUGGUGAGUGUUUCAUGCAGACUCUCAGUUGUGAACAAGCCAACAGGGAUUUUCUGUUUGUUUUGUAUUGUGUGCACUAGGCAACAUCUUGCAUAUGAGUCAGCAGGCAUAGCUAAAUUGAUGAUGAGAAAUGAAUUUGUUGUGUCAUCUGUGGAAAGUGUGUGAGCUCAGGCGUCAGGCUGCACAGCUUGGUGUUCCUGUUGUAGGGGUGUCAGUAAAGAUGGUGCUGCAGAGACUGAUGGAGAUCACUCAAACUGAGGAAGAGAAGGAGGAAGAGGACAAGAGAAGAGAGCUGCUCUGUCCCUCUCAGAGAGUGAGUAUCUGACGUAAGGGAGGUAUAAAUCUUUGUGGAGUAAUUCUGAUGAAGAAUUAAAUCAAUGCUCAAACAAGUUUUUUUUUUUCCGAUCAAAAAGCCUCUAAAAUCAAACGAGUAGUCUUGUCAAGGUUUGUUGGUAGGAUGAGAGAUGUCUGUAAACACAAAUUUGAAUUUCAUGUGCAAAGACAUAAGACUGUUUUGAGUAUUAUUAGAAAUCAGGUUGUAAUCAAACCCAGGCCACCUGCUUGAGGACUGCAUAGUGCAUGACAGGCCGAAACCUUUACCCCCCAAAAUGCACACUUAAGCAGCUGUGGUGAAUGCAAAAAACAAGUCUAUGGUGAAGACAGAAGAUGCUGCACCUGUAAGCUAAAAUGCAGUCUUGACUCAAUCUGUUAUCAUCUAAUGAAAUUUUAGUAUUUUAUGUGUCUCUGUUCUCAGGUUCUGUGAUUGAAAUUAUUCAACAAUAUGAUUGAGAAACUUCAUCCUGAGUUAGACUGUAAAUCCAAAAUUAUGGUGAAAGAUUUGUUAAUAUAAGAUAAUCAACUCAUGAUAACGAGCACAAAACCACUGUUAUAUUUUGGGGUAUGUAUUUUUACAUUGUGGCUGUGGGUCAAUAUCAAAUUUGAAAUAGAAAAAAAUCUUGAAACACUAAAUAAGCUCAGAGUGAAUUAAAUUUUUCAUAUUCUUAAUCAACUGACAGAGCAUAUUUAACUUCUUGUCUAAUUAAUGAGUUGCACUCAUUUCAUCAGUGAUCCAACUCUGCUAAAUUGCUGAUCUGCAACAGCCUCCAAAGCUCAUGAGUCUGAACAGUUUACAGUUGAUUGUUUGAGUGCCCUUGUCACUCAGAGUGUAAGCGAUUCUGCAAAAUUCAGAAAUGUCCUCAUAAUUAAGUUUCACGUAUCGCCACCAUUGUCAUCAUCACCAUCAGUGCAAUAAACCAAAUAAAUGGAGAAGUUGCGUAAAGUAAAAAAAAAGAGGAUUAUGGUUAUGCCCAGACAGACCAAGAAAGGGGAACCAAAAGCAUGACUGUUCAUUACAUCGAUGAACGACGGUGGCUCCUGUAAUGGCGAGUCCUGAAUUACACAUGAUACAUUACGUUGAAUUUCAAAGAUUUUUUAAUGUUAACGUGUCAACCCAUUUACUGUUUUUAGACAUUAAAAUCUGAAUGUUUUCAAAGAUUUGUGAAUUUUUUUCUAUCCAGGGCCAUUUUUGAUCUUUUUGCAGCGCUUGAUCUUCUUGAAUAGUAAAUUAACUUUGAAUAGAAAAUACAUUUUUUUACUGACCGUGGCCUUUUAGCAACAGAUAGUUGUCAGGCAAUGGCUGAUAUCAGCUUCAUGUGAAGUGAAGUUUCUGUAGGUUUUUUUCAGCUCUUGUCAAAUGCUAAACUGGUUUUACCAGCUGAAAGUUGAUGCUAUCUUUCAUCAGUGCUGCAGGUCUGUUGGCAGAUUGUUCUAUAAAUGGUUUAACAUUUACAAACUGCUGUCAACACCCGGGUUUUGACUUUUAUUGUUGCAGGAUUCUUCUCAUAGCAUUUCAACUGGUAUGUCAAAUACAAAAUUCCAACUGUAAAACUGUCACUCUUGUUGCUCUUUGCAGGCCCAGCUGUGCGCCCUGCUGGACACUUGCAGAGAACUUCUGUCACAGGGAGUCCUCUGCCCCAAACUCCUCUGGCAGGAGUACAGAAGGGAUCAGGUGUGUGUGUGUUUGUGAGACCUACAAAUAUGUUUGACCCUCAUAUUUUAGGAUUCUUGUGAUUUACUUUAGAGACACAGUUUAUAUUUGGAUAUACGAGGCAGAGCUUUCACUCAUAUUUAAUCUUUACUACUGACCUGUGGUAAAAUAAAAUCAGCUUGAGUCCCCUACAUAAUAAAAUGACUGUAAAAAAUAAGUUUUUACCAGUAACUUUGUGUUUUUACAGAGUUUACCCAACCUGGAGGUUGUGUACCAGCUUCACUUUCACAACGUCAUAACCCUGAAGCACAUUUUGGAGAGGUAAAUCAUGGACAUGAAUUAAACUCAUGAAGCUGUUGGUUGAACUUUAGAAUGAGACAGAGAGCUGGAUUCAAGAAAAAACAAGGAAUAAAAAAAGGAAACCACUAUGGUGAAACAUCCUUUUCACCAACUUCAAACUCUUAUCAUGGUAGAGUAUACUAAAUAUUCAACAUUUAACAAGCUAAUCCACAUCUUGAUGUGAUAUCUCACAGCCACAUGAUUAAAUAAAAGCUCUGUUUGUAUUUAUUCAGCUGAUCAAGGCCCUUUCUAAGAGUCUUGAAGAGAUCUUUUAAAAAUUUAAGUCCACGAAUCAUCUCCCAAAGUCCCAUUUUAACUUGUGAAAGGCCUCAUAUUUUAGAUGGCACUUUGAUUGAGACGCCACCAGAUACUAAAAUAAACUGGGUAGUCAGUGUAUGUUGAUGACUUUUAAUAUUUUAACUUUUUGUGGAUUUGCUUGUUCACUUGCAAUUUUUGGCAUUUUAUUAAUAUGACUAAGAAUUAUAGUUCACUUGAGGCUCCAGAUUAGCUCAGUUGGUGGAGCAGAGGCCCCGUAUACAGAAGCUUUAGUCCUUGUGGCUCUAGGAUUGAUACUUGAUCCCAGUUUGAUUUGGUGUUACUCUCCUCUCCUCUCCUCUUCACUUGUUUCAAUCAAAAUAGAUGCUAAGGGUCAGAAUUAACCUAAAAAAUCUGCCUUAAUGUGAAAACGCCAGGAAAUGAUUGGCAGGGGCCUAUAAUAAUGGGCCGACUUGCAAGAUCUGCAAAAAAAAGCUCUUAAACAAUGAAAGUAGUUAAAUAAGCUGCAUCUGUUCUCCCUUUGUUCUACUGUUCAAAAACUGGAUUAUUUUUUUCUUUGUUUGGGUCGUAUUUAAUUUAAGAAAGUGAGGAUCAACCCUUAAAAUAUACAGCUGGUUAAGUCACAUUAAUGAAUUUGUAGAUAUGUCACCUUAAAAAACUUUGCUAAAUUCAGAAAACAAAACACACACAAACUUGAGUGUCUUUCUUGUUGCCAGAACGCCCCUCGGUGGACAAAGUUAGUGCUGUUUUUUAAUUUUUCCUCAUGUUCAGCUCACAGAAAGACUCAGAUGUGAGCUCCAAACAACGAAGAAGCAUAAUCAAACUUCAAAACCUGGCUGACAUCUUUAAACUUCGACAUGCUGCUCGGUUGUUCCCUCUUCUUGUAUUUUUCCUCGCAGUGAUGAAGGGGUGAGGCUGUGGUUGGGGUCUCAGUUGAAGUCUCUGUGCAGCUGCAAAUUUCCACAAGAAGAAGAUGAGACCAGGAAGGUUCAGUGGAAGGUUUUGUCGAGUAAGAAAUAAAUCUCUUGUCGGAGUUUGCUUUAUUCAAAUUGUGGGCUGAUUCACUGAUUAAUGAACUUGAAGCAGUUUUUUUUUAGCUAGACUAGUUGAGCUGCUUCAUUUUUACUGUAGAUCCUGAACCACUAGUUUUGUAAAUGUCAGACCUUUGUGGUCCCACGGCAGAAAUAAUUUGAUGGAAUCAUGGAUGCCCUUUUUUAUGUUUGCUUGCAAAACAUCAACAAAUGUGCAAUAUUUUCUGUAGAGUGUCAAACUUAUGUUACAUCUGAGGAUAAAUCUGAUCAAAGAUCGUAUGCAUUUCAGCUGUGGUUGGAGUCUUGGUGGGAGUGGGAUUUGAACAGAGCCAUGACUCAGUCUCUGCAGAGAGGAGGACUUCCCUGCUCUGCAGCUCCAUGCUGGAUGACAUGCUCUGCUGUGAGUAUAUGAAGCCCUGUCCCACUUACCCUAUCCUGUGAUAAUGAAAUAUUUAGAAAAGCACUUCUUGUCACACCUCUGGAGCAUGGAUGUUAUUUUUCCUUUGGUAUUAUUUCAGUACUUUCCUUUUUUGUCUUGCUCUUAAACAUUAUAUUGUUUUUCUGUGUCUGUCCUCUGUAGGGCUUCUCGACACUGUGGAAGAGAGUCAGUCUGACCCUCAGUCUGCAGGACCAGGGCCUGAGCUAUGGUACUUGAGUAUUUAUUAACUUCAGAGUUGUUGAAAUUCAGGCUUCCUGCUGAAUAAGGAAACUUGUGUUCAAACACGACAAGCAGAGAUCCACCGAUUGUGAAAAUCAGGGACAGAACUGAUACUCAUGUUUUUUGUGCGUGACUGAAUAAGCUAUCAAAAUUGAGUGUCUGUGGGGCAUGCCUUACAAACUGAUUUAAAGUUCUUUUUUUUUUAAAGUUCCUCUUCUUCAGGUUUAAUCAUUGAGCUAAAGUAGUUUAACUAGCAAGGGACCUUUUCUGCCCGACAAUAAACUUUAAACUCAGCAGUAAGGUGUAGUAGCUUCCCAGAUUCACAUUGCUAUGAUGAAGAUAAAGACAGGAUACUACAAGAAUUCGGAUGAAUCAUGGACUAUGACCUGCUCUUGUCCUUUCUAAACAUACAGUGAAGACAAUGUGCUGUUGACAUGGUAACCUGUGAUUGACAAGUUAAAAUAAUUAUGACACAAAAAUCAGGAAAGAUACACAGCCGUGUGUGCCCUUAUUUAUGUUUUUGGAGUGACAGUUUGGCUAAAAUAAAACAAAGAUUGGUUGCCAAAAUGCCAAACUUGAGACUUCAAAUGAGGCUUCAGUCCGUUUACAGGUGAGUCACAUGACAACCCUGUCCACCCCUUUUUUCACAGUCUGUGAUCAUGACAAAAACAGAAACCUUUUCUGAGUCCUUUGACGCAGGUUGUCUGAUUUUAAUCUCAUUCCUACUUGUACUUAAUCUUUUUCAUAAUUCAAAAAGGAAAGGUGCCUCUGAUAAAGUUCUCUGUUCAGACAUGUUAUCUGCUAACUUUACACAGUACAUAUAAUAGAACACUUCAGACUCUGAACAGUCUGUGUUAGCAGACUGGGUAAUGAUUUUGUUUUCUAGCGACACCAAAGUGAGAACAUUUCUGCUGCCACUGUGAAAUAGAACACCCAGCACCUCUGAUAACUUUCUGUUCACUUGGAUCUGUGCAACAGUGACUCUAGUCUCAAGCUUCACACUGUCACUAACACCUGACUCUGUCUGCAGCUGAAAAAAACUGUUGAUUUAAGAGGGGAGGUAGUUGAAGAAAGAUGCCAUUCAUGGUGCAACACUGCACAUCCAGUCUUGAUGUCUGACUUGAGUGACUGAAAAAGCCAUGGGAUGUUUUUGUGCUUUUUUUCACAAACAUGCACCAUUACUCUCAAGUUUUUCAUGAAUAUUCCAACAUUGUCAUACACGGGAUGAUUUGCUUUAGCUAAACUUAUCAGUUUUAAGAGUGUUGAAUUAUUUCCAUGUCUGUGUUCCUCUCUCCUUUGUCCUGUGUUUUUUUGUGCAGGAUUCAGAUAUUUGAUGCCUCGCUGUGUGGAGUGUCAGCAUCAGCAGAUGCCCUUCAGCGUUUCUUCAGACACUCUCUCACAAACUCUCUGACCUACAAGCCUCGGCUGACAGGUAAUGACACGUUAUAGACAGACAAGAACCUAAAAUGGAAUCAGAAAGUACAGGUUUGGAGGUUUAAAAAUAAGUAGACAACACAUUCUCUCACCUGACACAAUUUGCCUCUUUUUUUUUUCCUGAAAAUCCUGAACAUAGAAACUGUAUUGUGUGUCCUCAGUGUCUGAUGCCAUCACUCUGCAAAACAAGUGGACCUUUGCAAAAACCAGCCGGUUAUUGACCUCUCUUUUCCGUAAGGUAAAUGGCUCAUAAUGACUUAGAAAUUUGCCGACAUUAACAGGACUUUUACUAAAGUCAGUAAAAAUGUCUCCAGGAUUUUUAAACCCUAUUUGAUAGUUUGAAGUACUUUGGUCAAUAAACCACUUUGCCCUCCUUAGACCAUGAUGACACAGACAUGUCAGUGUUUCUGUCCCUCUUUAAAAAUGUGACCUCUCAUGGUAAUUAUGACUUUUUUCAUGCUGUUUUUUUUUUUUUACUGUUUAGUGCAGCUAAUGUUAUACUUGCUUUUGUUAUGCCACGAAUAAAGAACUUUCCUGUGCAAGACUCCCCUGUCAUGAGAAAAAAAACAUAGGUGAAACUCUUGUAUUUUUCCAUGCAACAGAUAUCUUGAAUUCACAUCCCUCUCUGGCUUAUAGACCAGAGUGCAGUCAUGAUGACUCACUGUCAUUUAUUGUUAGUCUCAAUUUAGUUGUGAAAAAAUCCUGUUUUUUGGUUUUCAAGGGGGUGAGAAGACACACACGGGCGUGGAGUAAAACAUGACGAACAGGGACUGAGAAGUUAAAUACAGUCGUUAAUAUUUGUGUAUAUAUUGCACUUCUUGUUGGACACCGUUAUCACACAUUAAAUAUUUUACUGAGCCCCUCACAGAUUCAAUGUUAUGAACUAUGAAAAUAAAAACUGCAGGCGAAUCAUUUUGGGCUUUAGGCAGUAACAAAGUACGAAUAUUGAUACGUCUAUUAUGAUGUUUUUAUCAGCAAGGUACAGCUUGAGUUUUUGCAGUGUGGACAUUAAGUGCUGUUUCAUUGUUUUCAGAGUCGUGGUCAGCAGAAAGUCUCGUAAACAUCUGUUUUUGUUGUUGUUUUUCCUGCUUAGCUGGCAGUGAUCUUCAGCAUGGAGCAGCUGUUGAGUCACCUGCAGCAGGUUUUGGAAACCCAUGAGGUCAACUGGAAACACGUCCUGUGUUUCCUCUCCACUCUGCUGGUUUACAACCCCAGUGCCCAGUCCAGCCUGACGGGUACACACUCAUGAAUGUUUGAUUAGUCUUGAGUCCUAAAGUUGGUCCUAAUUCUCAAAAGGAAAAUGAGAUGAAAUGCAUUGUUACCUGAAUAGACACUCUUUACAUGUGGUGAAAUAAACUUAUGACAUACAGACCUGCACAGAAGUCAGAUCCCCUCAGCCUCUUCUGAAAAGGAGCUGAAAUCUUGUUGAAUAUUCUUAACCAGCUUUUCCUCUCUGUUUCUGUCAGAACUGUUGUCCAGGCUGCUGACUUCAGCAUUUGAAGCCUAUGAUUUGGAGAACAUGAUAACUGCCUUCCUGUUGGCUCGGCAGGCAGCACUGGAGGGACCCGCAAUAUUCCCAUCCUACAGCGACUGGUUCAAGGUUCAUAACUGCGUUUAAACUCCAGCAAUUUGUUUGGAUUGUUGCCUCCAAGAUAUAAAUAUCAUCCUGAUAAAUUCUGUUUUACCAUUUUUCAACAUACAUUUGGCUUUAUAUGAAGGAGAAUUUAAGCAUUCAUAUAAAUUUACAUGAUCACGAUCCAUUUACUGUUGAGCACAAUCCUGAGUUAAAUCUUUAGAAAAGUUGUCCUUUGACAGCAGAGGCCUGGAACGAUCAAACAAAAAAAAUGUAAGUUAAUUUUUUGGUUUGAGAAUAACGAAAGAGGAUGGGGUUGUGUGUCUGUGUGGUUGUUAUGUAUUAUAACUCUGAUCUUGCAUUUCACUCAUUGUUAUUAUACUUUAUCAGAGCUUUUCUUGCAGUAACCGAACUUUACAAAGCAAAAGUUUUUCUAAUGUUAAGUUGAACUUGACUUUCAUUUUCUCUCCCUUUUCUUUUCUUUUUUUUCUUUUUUCCUUUCACCUCUUCAGUUGUCUUUUGGUGGGGGCAGCAGCUAUCAUGCAUCCAGUAAGAAAUCUCUGGUGUUUUUGCUGAAGUUCCUCUCAGACUUGGUGCCGUUUGAACCCCCACAACACCUCAAGGUCCAGUUCUGCAUGUUUUCUCUCUCUCUGUCAUAACUCAAUUGAUUAGUUAUGAGCUUAAAAAUGAACCUUUCACAAGCAUUUGAGGUUAAACUUGAACAGCAAACAGUGACAGUAACAAAAGGGGGAGAUGUUAAAAUAUUGACAGCAGAUUACUACAGUGUGAUCUUUAGAUAAGGCUUUGGAAAUACAGAAGUGAAUUUUAGCCUCCUUUGUCACACUCACCUGACAGAUUCACAUCCUGCACCCUCCAUAUGUGCCCAUGAAGCACCGCAGCCUCCUGAUGGAGUACAUUUCUCUGGCUAAGACCAGAUUGGCUGAUCUCAAGGUAAAUCAGAGCUCAAACCAAAGGUUCUUUUUGAAGUAUACAACAUCUUAUUAUCAGCUGUUAUUUUAGAUUUUAAGGAGAUUAGAAGAAUACACCAGUGACUUUGUUUGGUUUCUGCAGGAAUCUGUGGAGGACAUGGGAUUGUACGAAGUUGUUUCUGCUGCAGGUGAAGCAACAGCACAGGUAACAGUGACACCCAGUGGUUUGUAUGUGUACUGAUUGUAUUCUUCAGUUCUUAAGCGUUAUUGUCAUUUAGAAAUGAUCCAGGACUUCAGACAGACUAUUGUGGUAAGUCCCCAUGAUCAGCUUGGCCCACAGAAAUGGCAAAGACAAUUUAAACAAACAUUUCAUUCACUAGGCUUCAAAUAAUAUCCGGAACCCAGAAACUUCAACAACUGAAUGAUUAAUUAAAAAAUAAUACAACAAAAUAUACAGAUGCAAAAAGGAAAAGUGUAAUUUGCACUGGAGAGAGAAAUCUUAACUUUCUUCUAAUUUUCUGCUUGAAAACGGCAUUAUGUUACCAUGCAAGCACUACAAGGACAAGAAACUGACAUUAAAAUACAUAUAUUUCAAAAACAUAACUCUUGAUGUAACAAAUAAUUGAGUAUAUUUGUUUGAUUUGACCCUCUGAAUGUAAAUGACCUCCCUCCAUGUUUGCAGAAAUCUAAACUCUGCAUAAAAAGAAGUCGAGGGUCUUAAAGAACAGCCUUUACCCUCUGAGUGGCUCUAAGGUGAUGAAUAUGGCCGUGAAGGUUAACGCCAACAAUCUAUAGCCAACAGAUCUUCACAAAGUUAAAGUGGACCCAGUAAAAGUUGAACAAAUGUUAUUAGAGUGAUCCAUCUAUGUUGAAACUCUUUUGUUUUAAUACAUUAUGCAGACGGCAUCAGUGUCGGCACAAUAGGUUAGUUUGUCGCCAAUUUGUAUCCAAGACUUGAUCAAACAGAAAACUGAACUAAGUUGUUAACUUACAGAGCUCUGGGAUGGAUACACACAUGAAUAAACCCAUACGCAGACAUCAGUUGAUGGAUGUUUUAUUGGAGUAAAUGACUCAGAAUGAUUCUCUUAGCUGUGUAAUUUAGUGUUCCUCUGCAUGCCAUGCACGACUGCUCUUUGGCCCUGGAACUGCAGUGAAAAGCCAAACUGAAAACUUCUUUUGUCUUCAGAUAAUUAUCUUCACACUGUAACUGUGCUUUGUUGAGGUUUAAUUGUAACAAACAGCUGAAGAUAAAUCUCAACACAUGACCAACAACACUGAGGGAGGUCAGAGUGUGCAGUGAUACUUUUUUUCUGAAGAGGGUUAUGUAAAACCACUGUCAAAUAAUCCAGAUUACCGCUUGCUUAAGACAACAGUUGAGCUUAACCAUCUGGAAAGAUAGUGACAAAUAAAAAAUGAAAACAACAGAAGCUUUCUUUGCUUUCUGUUAAUCCUCUGUGGUUUGAGUAAAAAAUAUCCUUCUCACUUUGAAUACCUUUUGUUAAGUGCGUCAUGAUUUUAUUUUCUGGUAUGUGUGAGAUGGGUUGAUGAAGCCCCAUGAAGCUUUCUUCUAAUUAGUGGUGAAAAACGUGGAGCUUUGAAGUGUCAGACUGAGUGAACCUAGUGACAUCUGGUGGCUUGGGAACAAAUGACAGCCCUCCUUAAUGAUGGUCCAAAGAACUAAAGCACCAAAACACAUCUCUUAUUUUUAUUAUUAUCAAGCCUUUAGUAAAACCUUUAAAGCCUUAGAGUCAUGUGGUAUUUCAUCUUUAAUACCAGCUCUUUUAUUUUAGACUGAAACAGUGCAGUUCUUUUUAGUAAUUUAAGCUUCAGUGCUUUGAUAUCAAAUGCUUAGGUAACCCUUUCAUUUACGGUACACAUAUUACCAGGUAAGUAACAGGUAAUUACCUAGUAACAACAUGAAAUUAUCUGGUAACUACAUGAAAUUAUCUGGUAAUUACAGGAUAACUACUAAGUCAACACUGUCUAGUUUUUCUUUUUUCUGUGCAGCUCCAUUUUCAAAAGCUAUUUGGGGUUCUUAUUUUCUAUGAUUGACACUUGUUACAACCUAUGGGCGUGCAAAGACACCCGCUGAAUGCGUACAAUGCUACUGCGCAAGUGGUUUCAGGAGGCGGGGAAAAUCCUGGAAAUACCAGAGCAAUUCGGCUUCAAAUUUGUAUGAUGAUGGAAGGUAACCUGCCUGGUAGCUAGACAGUAUUGACUUAGUAGUUAUCAUGUAAUUACCUGAUAAUUUCAUGUUGUUACCAGGUAAUUACAUGUUAAUUACAUGGUAAUAACUGUACCGUAAAAGAAAGGGUUACCAAUGCUUAUCUCUACUCUUCUGUUAAGGCACUAACUUUAAUGCUCUGAAACGGUGGACUUUCAUACUGGUAUACAGCUGUGAGGUUAAAAAAACCAACAGUGGCAAAUGAAGGACAGUCUGGUGUAAAAUAAAACUGAGAAAAAGGACUGUAAAGAAAAACAGCCUCUCUUCAGUGUUGUUGCUCAACUUCUGUUAAAUCUUCUGACAAACACUCUAACAGUUAAAUGUUUGUGUGUUUUUCUGCUCAGUGCCCGGCUGCUCAGGAUGUGGAGAAGGCCGUGUCUCUGUUUGAAAGCACAGGAAAAAUCUCUGCCACAGUCCUGGAGGCAAGGUACGCAGAGGGCUAUCAGCUCCUUUUCUGAAGCACUUCUCGUCACUGUCUGAAUGUCGAUAUAUUCCACCAAAUGGAGACAUAAACAGGGUUUUGACACCUCUGUCUCUGUCUCCUACCAGCAUUUUCCGUAGGCCUUAUUUCCUCACACGUUUCCUCCCUGCUCUGCUGACACCGAGAGUGGUGAGAGACUUCACCUUUGUUUAUUCUGCACUUUAUGCACAAACUCUCAGCUGGCGAUUUAUCAGAUGUUUUUACGUCACAUGCUGUAGUUUACCUUUCUUUUACUUACAGCUGCCUGUCAAAGCUGAUGCUCAAAUGAGUUUCAUAGAAGCUCUGAAAAAGUGAGUUUUUAUCACAUUUAUAAAUACGAUCAGAGAAUUAUAAUAUUUCUCAACAUCACAGACAUUCUUUAACAUUAUUUUACCAUCCCCAUAUUAAAGUUUAUCCUCUCAAAAAAGUCAUAUUUUACAGCCCUGUAUUUCCAACAGUUUGUUAGUUUUGUAUUCUACCAAUAUAACUAAAGCACAGAUUAUUGCACUGCACGAUUAUUCAGGGUUUUUACUAUCAUUUUUGUCUGUUUUUCAGAGCAGAUAAGAUCCCUGCUGCACAAUAUUCAUCUUAUGUGGAGGAAUGCCAGAAGCAGAGGCAGCAGGACAGUGAGUACUCGAUGUAACUGACCAUAAUGUAUCUGUGUUUGUUGCUUCUUUCCAAAAAUAUGUAUCUGUCUCCUCAGAUUAUGUAACUGAUGUAUUUUAGUCCCAGGGAUUUUUUGUGCUAAGAAUGAAAUAAAAAUAUGACAAAGAUUAAAUGAUUCAAAGAUGUGCUUGGCUCAAACCAUAUUGUGUUCCAACUUUAUUUGUUUUCAGAGAGCGUUGUGUGUUUGGACUCAAGUGAUGAUCCUGUAGAGAUCCUGAAGAUUCAGCUGCAAGAGCUCACUGAGCUGGUUGCUGAGGGGAAUGAUGGAGGUAUGAUAUUUGGAGAAGAGAUAUAACAAGUAACACACAGACACACCCACACAUCCUGUGUGUGUUCUGUGGUAAGAGACACUUAUGCGGUCCUCUCUCUGGUCCGAGUUAUCUCAAAGUAGGGCUGGGCGAUAUGGCCUCAAAUCAAUAUUACAAUACAUAUUUCGUGUGCAGACUCUUUGAAUCCUUCAUAGAGACUCCUGUCAUGUUUUUCUGUGUUGUCAGAGAUGUCGGCACAGCUGUCCAGAAUCUCGCACACUCUGAGUGUCAUCUUCCCCGGCUGUCCCAAUGAGUCUGUAGGACGGAGAGUCAUCGAUCUUCACAUGGACCCUCCACCGUCUCCUGAGCUUCAUGUCAAAGUAAACUCUGCAUAUGUUUUUAUAUCAGCUCUUCUCUUCAGGUGGCAUUCAGUUCAACAGUAUUAUAAGUGUUUUAUACAUGAGUGUGUCUUUUGUCUUACCAGGUUGUCAACAUGAUCCUAAGAAACUUUUGCCAAUGUCUGUUAAACACUUCACGGAUAAACCCUCCCAAUAAGUGAGUAUUGCAACUUUUUGUUAAGUUUGAAACUGUUAUGGAAAAAAAGUGACCAAAUGAACCUAUUUUUUUUAUUUUAAUACAGGUGUAGUAGCUACAUUUUAAAUAUUUUUACUGUAACCCUGCUAAUAAGAUGACCUUUUUUGGCUCCAUGUUUUCUCAGCCAUAUAUUUUUGAAAAACAAACACCUAAUUACAUCAGAGUAAAUCAGAGCUCAUUUCACUCGGGGCCUUUCACUCCAUGCUGAACCGCACUCACAAAAAAUGUGCAUUUUAACUUACCGUAAAUUGUCAACUUUCAAUUAUGACGUGUCCUGCUGACCUCUUGGCCAGGUCACCCUUGUGAUCUUGAACUCAUUGGAUUUUUAUCUGGUUAAAUAAAGGUUUAACAGAAAUCAGAUUUAGAAGUUCUUUUGCUUGUGCUUCUGUGCUGUUUAAGUCGUUAAAAAAUAUCAUACAUUAAAGAACUUAUCUUUUAGCAGGCGGGACUUUGGAAAGUGGUUAAAGAAGUUCAUUGUUACAAAAUCUUCCCGAUCUUUUUAUCUGUUGCUGUAAGAUACCAGUUAUUGAUGAGUAUAUCAUAAAGCUAUAACUUAAAAAGAUAAAUAAUGUCUCUGUAAUACAUUUCUUAGUGCACAGUGUUGUGCACAGCUCUGUAGUAUCAGGAUUUAUGGUACCAUGAAGUCACUUCUGUUCAUGCUGAAACUCUCUGUCUCUGCAGACAGAGUCCAUGGGCCUCCAGGUUUGUCAGCAUGCUGCUGAGUAACACACAGCUCCUCUCCAGCCUCUCUCACAGGCUCUGGGACCUGUUUCAUAAUCAGGUUCAUAAAUACACACAGCUCUGCAUCUGUUUUUCAAAAUAUAUCUGCAACAUAUUCUUGUCUACGCUUUUCCUGUAUCAGUUCUUGUUUUAUUCCUUAAUUGCUUUAUUUCCUCGUCACUGAAGCUGUUGGACUCUUUUUGUGUGAAAGGGUUCAUCGCUGAGUGCAGCACACUUACUCGGUCUAGCAGCAUUAGUGGUCCACCUGCACACCUCAGUGUCCCUCAGUCCUCAGUUUCGGCUGGUCCCACAUGUCCUGCCUAAGCUUGUACCUGUUGGAGAAGCUCUCAGUUCAGCACUGGUCUGUAGCACACAGGCUGACAUGUUCUUCUGUGUCAGGUGAGGUUACAAACAGCAUGUUGUUAUGUUAUUUACUUGGUGCCCUUUUAUUGAUACCAGUGCUGGCCGCCACAUUUCCUCUUUGUCUUUUUGGUGCUAUCCAGGUUUUGUGUGGCAGCUCUGUGUUAUGGGAUCUGCAGAAGAGACACUUUACCUCAGCAACAACAGCAUGACUACAUCCCCAACAGCCUCUAUAAGAAGGUAUCUGAACUGAAAUUAAAUGCGACCCUUUUUUGGUCAAUUGUGUUCUGUUUUUGGUACUAACAUGACUUAGCAAAGGUUCUUAGAAGAUUGCUUGUUAUAUUUUUCUAAUGUUUUUACUAUUAUUUAAAGAGACAGUGUCUGAUGUUUGUUUGGUGUUAUAUUGUGCUCUAUGUUGUUUUCUUUUUGGUUAAGUAACAAGUAGCUUAAAUUUCAGAAGAGAUUUUGACAAUAAAGUAUUUAACUAACUAACUAACUGACUAACUGACUAAUCGACUAACUAAUCGACUAACUAGCCAAAUAACUAACUAAUUGACUAACAAACUAACUAAAUAACUAACAAACUGACUAACUAAGUAACUAAAUAACUAACUAAUCGACUAACUAACUUAUCCACUUACUAACUAAUGCUAACUAACUAAUCCACUCACUAACUAACUAAUCAACUAACUGACCAACAAGCAAGCCAACCAAACAAACAAAAAACAAACAAACAAACAAACAAAAGUGUAGCAGUGUGCCCUCUGGUAGUGUUUCAAACCUGGUCCAUAACCACUGCAGAAUUCCUCAGACAGUAUUUUAAUUAUAUUUGAAUAUAUAUAAUUUUAAAUCAAGUACAUUAUAGACAACCAUCUGCUUGUAUGUAAUCCUUUGCUUCAUCUUCCACAGACAGUGCUGAGAGUAUUAGAGGCUAAAGAGCCGUGGUGCGCUCUACUGGACAGACUUUGACUUGUUACAAUAAAGUUUUGGUUAAAAAGCAUUUAAUAGUAGAAAUCAUAUCCACCAGUGCUGAGCUUUUUGGGCUCUGACAUUCUUACUCAAACUUAACAUGGAACUGCUUUUUUAAAUUUUUAUUCAGCUUCUGUACCUCAUCCCACGGCUGCUGCCUGAAGCCAGAAAAGCUCCCAUCAAUGCUGGAGGGGGAUUUGGUACAUGUAGUGAUCACCAUGAGGAGAAUCUGCUCAGCCUGUGGAGCAAUGCCACAGACACAAACAACACCUGGAGGAAGACUGCCUUGCACCUGUGGAGGCACCCUGUAUUCAGUCAGCUACAACACGAACCACAGUAUCAGGUAAACUGGGUUGACUGCCUCCCUUUUUGAUGGGACCUUGUUUUAGGGGCACAGCAUUGUGCAUAGCAAGCAUCAGAGAAAAUCAGCAGCUGUUACACUGUCAUUUAUAUGCUAUUAAACUAAUGAUGGGUUGAUCCUUUUAUCUGUCUAGUUGGUGUUUUCAGAAUGGCUGGCCAAUGAGCUCCAAGUACAGAGAGGUGAAGAUGCUCUCUCAGAUCCAGAACGGUGAGACAGAAAACAUGCACACCUUCACAGGCAACAAAACAAUACAUUUUGUUGGUAAAGUAACCCUGUGUGUGUGCCUGCGUGCGUGCGUGCAUGUGUGUGUGUGUGAAUACAGUCAGGAGUACCAGCAGUGGGCUUGUUUGGAGCACUACCUUCCUCUUCUGGAGGAGCAGGGGGGCUGUGGAGGAGACAUGAAGAAACUCUGCACUCAUCUGCUUAACGCCAUCAUGGACCAGCAGCUCUUUAGGUGUGUAUUUAUGCUUUUUAAAAAGUCUUUAUAGCCUAAUAUAACUGGCGUCUCGUUUUUGGUAAGGUUGUUAAAUCAAGCACUGUCAUCACGGGAUUUUGACCAAUAAGAAUCAAGGAUUUACCAAAGCAAGACAGUACAUUAAUAGAUUUCUUUUCUUUCUGGAGCUUAAAGCUGCAGAGUUGUUUGAACUAUCCCUCUAAUAAUACUUUCUAGUGAUUUUAUUUGAUGUUUAUUAUGUGUUGUCUUGUAUGGCUAUUAAUAUCUUUGUUGGUGUGAUAAAAGUUUUUGUUUUUUUAUUUUUCCAUCUCUUGUUUAAUCUCUUGAAUAAAACUCUUUUUGGCUGCCUUCGGAAAAGUGUAACUGUUCUUAAAAUUUGAUGUCAACAGCAACAAGAUUCCUAAAAAAACACAUCACAGAGGGUCAGAAACAGGGACUUGUCUGCCAGACAUCCUGUCCAGAUUACAGGUGUGUAUGCAACGGUUGAAUGAUGCCAACAGGUUAUCUGUUGAGCACAGAUGACUGGUUUUUCUGUCCUGUUUUUCACAAUUUAAGUGAGUGGGGCACUUUUUAAAAACUGUUAAUUUUUGUGAUGUUGUUGUCUGUAUUUGUGUUUGUGCGUGUGUGUGUGUGUGUGUGUAGGAGGUUGUGUAUGAGAUGGAAGUGAGCGAUCUCUGUGGCAGCUGUAAAAGAGGAGCUGUGUGUGACUUUCUAUUUGAGUUCGUGGGUCAGAGAUGUUCCACCAAAGAGACCUCGAUGUCGACCAGCGUUAGUGCUGAGCUCAGCCUGCAACACACACUGAAUACAUGGAACAGGUACACAAAAACACUGGGGAAUAUCAUUUUGAUGUAUGUGAGGAAUGUACGGGCACUGACAGCUGUUUUUGUGUGUCACAGAGUGAUGUUGGCUCUACCAGCUGCUGUUGUUGUUCCAGUAAAGACAGAAGGAGGAAGGACGACUUUGGACUGUGAGAAGCUGAUUGAACAUGUCAACCAGCAUCAGGUCAGUGGAUUAAAUGUUUAACCAGAUAGAUGUACGUACAUUCUUGGACUGAAUUUGAUCAGUUGUGCAGUAAUUGUGGUUGAGAAAUGUCCUUUUCUUUGCUUUAUAUGGAGCAGAGGCUGGUGUGUUUUCCAGCUGGUUUGCUGUCCUUCCAUCUGACAGCACACUUCCUGAAAGUGAGUAUCAUGUUACGAGUUCAACAUAAAUCCAUGUAAAUCUCAGAUCUGAUCAUGGGUAUUCUGCUUAAGGGAUAAAGGUCAAUAGUUUUCUUUAUUUUUUCCCCCAGGGUUUGUUAUGUUCCAGUGUACAUUGUGGACGUCCGAGAGAGGAGUUCAGCAGAGCCUGGUCUCAGAUCAGUCUACACUGUCCCCUUCUCCUGAUCUCCACUGUGGUAAUGCCUGCUCUUCAUCCAUCAAUGAACUUUAUCAACUUUUUGUCUCCGUUUUUAUCACAUAUAAACUUUUGCAUGAAUUUCAAUCAAGAUUUUCUAGAUUGUUGCUCAGGAUAACACAAACACAAAGGGUAGCAAAAGGUGUAAAAUCUCAAAUCAUUGAGCCUCAUUCACCAAUAUGGUUUUUAGAUUUGUUUUAAUUAUGUUCACAAGAGGAUUCUCUGGGAAGUCUGAGUCAGAUUUCUGAUCCUGUUCUUGAACUGCAGAGUUGUUUGCACCUGUGUUUUUAACCUGAUUACUACCAUGUCCCCAUGAGUUUAAAGCUUGUGCAGGUUUUCAGUGCACAUGACUCCAAAUGUGAUGCUGUAUUCACAUACGCUCAAAACCUUUUGUGUUUGCUGCAAAUGUGAAUACAAACAACAACUUUUUCCUUGUCUCUUACCAAAAAUGUUUUCUAAUAGCCCACUGGCAAAAUGUUUCCACUAUUUUUUCCUCUGUUCUCCCACUAAAAGGAGUUAUUUGGAAAAAUUCACCACAAGUGGGAUAACAGGAGUGAUUCUGUUUAUGGGAUACGACAGAUGAGUAACAUGAUGAAUACAGUCGUCAGGAGCUGAAGAUGGAGAAUCAGUAUACAGAUCUGUCCACAUGCAGUAACAUUAAUACAAAUGCAAAAACUGUUAAUCAAAAGUACAUUUGAGAAGAGUCAUUAAAUAGCCACACAUUAAAGUACGUUAUUAUUCUUUUAUGAAGUCCUCGCUGAUUUAAAAAUUGCUAAGUUCUUUAUUUAAAUCUAAAAUUUCACUUGUUAUAAAUUGGACCACAUUUGUCAAAUUGGAAUAAAAGUUAACCGAAUAAAAAUCAUGUUAUUAUACAUAUGCUUUAAUGAUACACAAGGUGAAUGCAACAUAAAGGAAAACAAAGGAAACAUUUAUUUAGGACCAGCGUAUUUGCACUGAAAGGUGCUGAAGAACGUCCAUGAGUGUUUGAGGAUUAUGUUCUCACAUAAGAACCAAUCUCAGGCAAGAUAAGUUGUUGUGAAUAUCAGAAUCUAACGGAUGUAUGUUCAGAAAUUGUGCCUUAGUUCAAGUUAUUUAACCCCAAAAUAAAUGCUUUGGCUGAUAAGAUAAGGAAAUUUAUGAUUUCAUUAUGAAUGAAGAUUCAAUAGGUAGUGCUUUAUUGCUUUGAUGGCCUGAAUGAGGAAUGAAUUUAAUGCUAAUUUUGUUGUGUGUGUGUGUGUGUGUGUGUGUGUGUGUGUGUGUGUGUGUGUGUGUGUGUGUGUGUGUGUGUGUGUGUGUGUGUGUGUGUGUGUGUGUGUGUGUGUGUGUAGCACUGGUGGCAGCGUCUGUCUCCAGUGCUGUUGUCACAGUGGCGUCGGUUGUGUGAUGGAGAAACUUUACCAGAACAGCUGCAGAUCCUCACUGACUGUCACAGCUGGAGCUCCAGGUACCAAACCUUAUCCUCAGCAUGCACUGUUUGUACCACUUAUACUGUGAUUGCGCUCAUUCAGCUCUCUUCAACCCCCCUGUAUGCUCUCUGCCUAAAGCCGUUAUCUGAUUUUAGAAAUGAUGUUGUGCUCAGUUUAGAAAAAGGUUGGCCAUCCUCAUCAGUGCCUGCAGUCUCAGCUCUGCCCCUGGCUGUCUGCCUGCACCGUGCCUGGCAUGAUUUUGGUUAUGACACACAGAGAGUCAUCGCUGCUGUAAAGUCACUGAGAGUGGAGAGGGGCGUACAGAACCAACAAGUGAGCACAAAGAACUGUUUUAUUACCCAAAAGUCUGUGAAACUGUGUUUAUGCUACCUCUAUAAAACUUUGAGUUUAAGUGGAGAAGGUUAGAGUUGAUAUAAAGCUGAUGAGAUGUAGUAAAAGUCACACAGGUCAUUGCUGUCAGUGAAGUUUGUCAACUAUAUUCCAUAAAUGAUGUUUAUAAUUAUAAAUGUGAUAAUGGUAGUUAGAGUAAAAUGUUACUUAACUCAGUCAUGUUAUUUUCUGUUCUGUUCUGUUUUUGUAAAGUUCUUUGAUGUACACAGACCAGCUGCAACAUUUUGACCACAUAUGAUGAAUUUUUCUUGGUGCUUUGGUGCUCAAACAAUGAACACAGAAUAACAAUAGAAGCAAUGGAAGACAGUGGUCCUAAGGAACACAACAAGAAGGUUGAGGUGAUCGCUUGCUUUCUAAGUUAGUAAGAUUGCAGUCCAUUUGAAAAUUUGUAGGAUGUGCUCAACAAUUAAGUCUGAUCUUGCAAGACUUGAAUGAUCUACUGCUUUAGUCAUGGUGCCCCAUAUAUUACAGCACACCUUCAGAGGGCUGCUUUGGUUCUCACUUAACUGGAAGAGAGUUUCAGGCAUCAGGCAGGUGGUCAAGCUGUUAUGGUGGAUCAGUGUAUGCUUGUGCUGUGAAAAGCCAACACUGUCUUUCUGUAUGUUUUCAAACCUUUGAUGGUUUUUCUUGUUGUUGUCUCACUUCCUCUUCCAGGUGCUGGUUUUCCUGUUUUUCCUGAGUGUAAAUGACUAUCUGUCAACACUACUGUUUCUUCAGGUAACUAUGCUUAGCCAAAAAAACUUCUGAUUUAUUUGCAGAAAUGUAAGAGUCAGUAAAAAUUAAGCUGUUUCCUUUUUAAUGAAAUGCACUUGCACCCCUGUACCAAACUGUAUCUGCCCUUUUAAAAGAUUUAAAAAUCACAGUUAGGUUUGGCAAUGAGAAGUUGAAAAUAUUUAUCUUCUGCUGCUACUACAGUAGGAUUAAUUUUCUGUGUUUUCUCUGCCUGUGAUUAUCUCUGUAGGAGGAAAGUCAUCAGAAAGCCAGCACUUUAUGCACAGACCUCCUGCAAGUGUUGGUGAACUCUGCAGACUGGCUAGUUAUUUUUAAUCCAAAUGGUAUUUCUUAUUGAAUGUCUGUUAUGUCACUCGUUUGAAGCUAUUGUGUGAAGCACUGGCAUUGAAUAAUUUUUGUUUUGUGUGAAUACAUGCAUUGCCAGAUAAUUAACAGGCUGCAUUUUUACCCAGCUCAAGAUAAAGGGGUUUACCAGUCAGUUACCAUGGUGACAUCAGAUGAGUUCACCCGUCUGAUGCCUUGGGCCUUCUACAGGUUUGUUUUUUACUAAGUGUUUCUGUUAAAAAACGUCACAUAUCCGUCAAUAAAAGACAAUGUAAAUGCUAACUGUAAUCACACCCCAAAAAGUAUGAAAGAGGAUUAGAGCCACAAAAGGAAAAAAAAUAAUAACAGGAGGGAGAUUUUUUUAAUAUCCAUUAACAGAUUUAAGACAAAUUUUUUUAGAUUAAAGUCAAAAUUUGAUCAUGUAAAAAUGAAAAAAGUCAAAAUUUCGAGAUUUGAUUUGAAAUUUCAAGAUUAAAAUUGUCGAAACGUGGUGAAUAAUGUCGAAAUUUUGAGAUUAAAAAAAUUUAAAAUUUGAGAUUAAAGUCAAAAUUUCGAGAUCACAAAAUGUUGAGAGGUCAUUAAUAAUGUCAAAAUUUUGAUCUCGAAAUUUUGACUUUUUAAUUUCUUUUCUCUUCUUGUGGCCCUAAAAGUCUUUCAUGACCAAAACUAAACACAAAAAGUGAGAGUAAAAUUAUAGUUAUUAUGUCAUUAUUCAGUUAUAUUCAUUAUUAUUUUGAGGGUUUUGUGCCAUGGAGCAGAUUCCUAAAGAGACAGACCUGUGCUUAAAUUUGGACAGAAAUAUAAUUUGACUGAAAACAGGAACAGAGGGAAUGUUGAACUCUUCAGACUGUGAGUGACAAUAUCUUUCCUGCUGCUACUACAAUCAAUUAUUCCCACUUUUUUAGUUGAUGUUAAGGAAGUUACACAACAACAGAAACACACAGAUCAAUACAGACCACAGUAAAACAGCAACUCCUGUGUUUUGCAGGAUAAAGUUACAGUUUUAGUUUUGUGGCUUUGAGGAGAGUCGUGUACCAGUUAUGUCUGAUUAAAAAAUAUCAUACCAGAAUAAAAGUCUCAUUCAAAGUCCUUGUUCAAGUCGCCAGAAACUCAAAAUAAAAAUCUGAGCCAAUCAGUGUCAAAACAAAACACUUGAGCUUUCCUUGUGUAGAUUAGGUCCAUACGCACCAAAAAUGACUCCUCUUAAAUUUGUUCUGUGUGUUUAGCCUGCUGCUCCUACAGAAAGCUGAGGUGUGUGAGAGAGCUGUGAGUUGUCCAGAGUUCCUCCAUACUGCUGUCCUCUGCUACAUCAGUCUGCUGCAGCUAUCUCUGGAAGGACACACUCUCAUGCCCGCCAAAGAGUCUGACCAUCAGGUGAUAGAGCCUCAGGUCUUUGUUUUUGUCUGUGUACAUAUUUAAAGAUGCGACAACACUCCUGACAUUAAGUCUGUGAUUUGCGUUGUCAGAUGGAGCCUUUUCAGAUACUGAGGCAGGCCAAGCUUUUUCUCCUGAGAGCACUAUCACAGAUGUCUCCGACUGCUCUGUCCUCCUGCCAACUCAGACAGGUAACCCACACACUGUGUGCAUCUGUAGUGGGCCUGUGCUCAGAUUUUCUCUAAUAAACACCCCACUCUAACCUCCAUCUUUUCCUCUUCACUGGUGUUUUCUGGACCAGCUGCAGUCCCAGUGUGCAGACCUGGACCCAGAGGUGGCAGCAGCUCUCUCUGUGCAGCUGGAUCCUAACAGCCAAAGCCCAAUAAUGGACUUUCUCUGAACACCUGCGCACUUUUCAAGCUAGGAAAGCGUCUGAAGAGAACAUUUACUUCCACUUUGUUGUAAAAUGUUUGUACGUGAAGUACUUUACUGUUCAUUUGUUAACCUGCUGCACUCAAGCAGAAACAUGUUCCCUCUUACCUUAUUGUUCAGAUUUUACAAACUAUCAAAAACAGCCUAAACUCAUUUUUGUUUAAAAAAAAAAGGGACCUUCACUUUAUUUACAUAAUGCACACAGGACUUUUGUUUUUUUUACACACAUGUACAUCUGAAGCCCUUACCACUGUUUACAACACAGAAGUUAACUUAUAAAGAGAACGCAGCAUUGUAAUAAUUUUGUAAAAACAGUGACCAAAUAAAAGCACAAUGUUGCUGAACAAUGCUGGAGAUAAUUCUUCACUACUCUGCCCUCCAAGGAGGUCACACAGCUUUACAUUAUUACUAUUUUGCAUAAUGGGACUCACACUGACGGGACUUCUGCUGCUGAAUGAUACUGGACACUUCAUCCAACAAAUCAGAAAGAGUGUUUGGAUCCAUUAAGUCCACAGGCAGUGCAACUUCAUAUUUACAUCAGAUCUGUAACAGAGGCACCUUGAGUGUUUUUUUUUUUUUGUCUUUUUAGGUUGAAAUCCUGAAGUCUUCACAGAAUACAGAAACAUUUAUUUUUUUAGAUGCCAUUUCUUCAGAGAAGCCACUUUGUGAGUUACCUCAAGCUUCUUCACAAGGUACAAAAUCCACAGCUGCUGAGUUAAAUAUGAUCAGCAUUGAGUGCAGUAUUAAAUCAGAUCACAAAUGGCCUUGAAUAUUAUUGACUAACUUUUGAAAAACAACUUUAGAUUGAUAAGCUGCACAGUUAGCUGAAACAUGAGUUAAUCUGUAUAUUUCUGACAAAGCUGCAGCUCACUGAGAGUUUAUAGUUGUUUUAAACUGCGUUUGUCACCAAAAUAUUUACAGACUGAAGAAAUCUGAUCAAUCUACACUUCCUCAGAUAAGAGAAUAUCCUCACUGUCCUGACCAAGGAACUGUGACCCCAAGCUCAUUAACCCUUAACUGCCCUGAAUAUGUAAAAUGUUGGAUGUCACAGGCAAAGUUUUAAAUUGUGAGGUAAAUUUUAGUUGGAGUUGGAAUAUUAACAGGAUGAGCAUCCCUAAAGCUCUCUUGAAAAGUUACACGAGGAUGAGGGGCUGAAAUUGUGGCAUCUCCAUCAGGUAAGUAAAAUACUAGAAAAUGCCCUCUGGGAAAUUUUGAUAGAGUCAAGGGGGCUACUGCCGGGGAGUGUACAUGAUGAUGAGAUUUUCAGAGAUUUCAAAUAAUUAAUACUAUUGUGAUUUUAAAUACAAGGAACACACCUACAACAAAUAUUCCUUUAAGUCCAAUAAUUGCUUUUUUUUUUU